AUGAGAAGAAAAGAUAAGACAAACACUUGCUUCUAUUGUCUUAACAUAAUAAAAGAAAGAUGUACUUAUAUUAAUAAUUUAUGGAGGACUUAUAAAAUGUGCAUAUCAUGUAAAAACAACUUAAAGAGUUGUAUUUGCUGUGAGAAGAAAAUUAUGAAUAAUAAAAAUAUUUCAUCUCUUACUUCUUGUUGUGGAUCAAGCAGAGAAAAAUUAUGUGAAGAAUGUCGUAGCAUUCCUUUAAUUUGUUGUAACAAAAAUGUUGUAAAUAUAAUAGGAGAUAUUCUAUGCUUUCUUGAUUUAUAUCUACAUAUAAAUAUAUCCGAAGAAUUUAUUACAUUCCAAAACAUUUAUACUUUUAAUAAAAUACAAUAUAAUGAAAAAAAUCAUAUUUAUACAUUUCAACUUAAUCAUAUGAAAUACAAUAAAAUAGAAAGGUCUACAUAUAUUACGCUUAACCAUAGGGAAAAGAACAAUAGGAAGGAAGAAAAAAAAAUGGGAAAUAUGAAAUAUAAUAUAAAUAAUAAAAGAAAAAAAAAAAGAACUAACUUUUAUUUAAUGCAUAAAAAUGAGGAAUCCCAAAUAAAAGAUAAUGUAACAAUUUCUCCAAAAAUAAAAACAAAAAUAAAAAUAAAAAAUGUAAAAAAGGUACAUAAAGUAGAACAAACAAAUCAAACAAAUCAUAUAAAUCAUAUAAAACAUAUAAAUAAAUCAGACAAAAUCAACAUUAACAACAUAACAACAAAUAAUAAUCAAAGAAAAUACUUUUCUUCUUUUUUUAAAUCAUUUAAAUCGUUAUAUACAAAAAAAAGAAACAAUAUAUAUAUAUCCAAUACAGAUAAAAACAUAUUAAUUCCUUCAAUGAAUAUAAUAGAAGCAGAAAAAAAUGAGAUCAUACAAAGCGAUAAUAUUAAUAAUGUUAAUAAUAUACAAGAAACAUUUUUCAUAAACAAUAAUAUAAAAACAAAUACAGAAAUAAGGGAAAAAACAAAUAAAGAAAUAAUGAAUAAAACAAAUAAAGAAAUAAUGAAUAAAACAAAUAAAGAAAUAAUGAAUAAAACAAAUAAAGAAAUAAGUGAAAAAACAAAUAAAGAAAUAAGGGAAGAAACAAAUAAAGAAAUAAUGAAUAAAACAAAUAAAGAAAUAAUGAAUAAAACAAAUAUUUCUAAACAAACAAAUAUAUCAAGUAAUAAUAACCAAACGUAUGAUACAUUUAAUAAUAAUAUACCUAUUCAUAAUACAUCGAGAAUCUCCAGAUUCUAUACCAACACAUCGGCGGCAUUCUUUGACUAUAUUAAAAAAAUAAGGAAACAACAACAAAAAUAUAAAAAAAAUAUAAAAAGAAAUAAAAAAGAUAAAAACAACAAAAAAAUAGAAACAAAAAAGAAAAAAAGAAAGUUCAUAUUCUAUGAAAAUAUUUUAUUAUCUAUAUAUGAAAAAAAGAAAGAACAAAAAAUAAAAGAUAAUGAAAAAAAUAAUUUGCCAAAUAAAAGAAACAUGGAUAAAUAUAAAUUAAAUUUAGUUUUAUAUUUUAUGGAUAAACAAGAUUUUAAUGGAGUAUAUAGAAGAUUAUUACACAACGAGUUGAUAUAUUGUGAUAUAAUAUAUCUUAAUUAUAUACUAAAAAAAAAAUGUCUCAAUAAAUAUGGGAAUGACAAAUGUAAUGAUUAUAUAUAUAAUAAUGAUAUAUAUAGUAAUAAUACACAUAGUAGUAAUACACAUAGUAGUAAUACACAUAGUAAUAAUACACAUAGUAGUAAUACACAUAGUAAUAAUACACAUAGUAGUAAUACACAUAGUAGUAAUACACAUAGUAGUAAUACACAUAAUAGUAAUAUAUAUAAUAAUUAUAUAUAUAAUUAUAACACAUAUGAUGAUAAUAUUUGCGAAAAAAUGGUUUCCUCCUGCGGAUGUGUUACCGUGUCAGGAAAAAAAUUAUUUAAAUUACAUGAACAAAAUAAACGUAUACACAAUUAUAAAUAUAAAAACAUAAAUUUGAAGUAUCUAAACAUUUCUAAUGAAAAUAUUAAAUUGAUUGAUAAUGUUUCUUUAACCAGUGUCAUACCGAAGAUUUCUUUUUAUUUUUAUCUUGCGCAUGAAUUAAUGCACGGUUAUAUAUGGCUCACCAAAAUGGAAAGGUCACAUAAUUAUAAACAUAUAUAUAUGAUAGUAGAGAAAUUAUAUAAUAAUAAUUAUUUUGAAGUACAAAAUGAAAUGCAUUACAAUGAUUAUCAUAAUAAUAAUUCCUCUUUCUAUAUAUCAAGAGAAUUAGAAGAAGCAUUAUGUAUAUAUGUUUCGAUUAAAUUUUUAAAAUAUAUAGAAACGGAUCCAUAUUAUAAUAUACAAAAAUCUUUUUAUGAAAAAGAACUCAUACAAUAUUAUAUUAAAAAAUAUGAACAAAGCACAUCGCCCAUGUAUGGUUCAAAUUAUAGAUUCUUAAAAAAAAUUUUGAAAAAUUAUCAAAUAAUACAUGUCUUACAUAUUAUUAAUGACAUUUAUUUUUCUAAAUUCUAUCCUAUUGUAACUCUUAAUCUGUUACAAGCAGUAAUAUCUUUCAUAGAUUUUAAAAUAUGA